CAACACGCUCUUACAUACCCAAUGCUCCACCACCAAUAACACCUUCUUUCUCUUUCUCAUUCUCUUCCUCUUCCACCGUCUAUCAUAACUAACAACCAUUUUCCUUCCCAUCUCAUUAAUUACAUUUAUGCCCCUUUGAAACCAGGAAAUACAAAAGAUGAACACAACAAUCACCAGAAAAGAAAUGGAUCGGAUCAAAGGCCCAUGGAGUCCAGAAGAAGACGAAGCUCUCCAAAACCUCGUUGAGAAGCACGGUCCGAGAAACUGGUCUUUAAUUAGCAAAUCCAUUCCGGGCCGGUCUGGGAAAUCCUGCAGGCUUCGUUGGUGUAAUCAACUCUCUCCUCAGGUAGAGCACCGGGCCUUCACACCUGAAGAGGAUGAUACUAUAGUCAGAGCCCAUGCCCGUUUCGGAAAUAAAUGGGCCACAAUAGCCCGUCUUUUAUCUGGCCGAACAGACAACGCUAUUAAAAACCACUGGAACUCUACUUUAAAACGUAAGUGCUCUUCCAUCAUGAUCGAUGAAUCUCAACCGUUGAAAAGAUCGGUUAGUGCUGGUGCUGCUAUACCUGUUUCCACUGGACUUUACAUGAACCCUCCCACACCUGGUAGUCCUUCCGGAUCCGAUGUGAGUGAGUCCAGCGUACCAGUUGUGUCGUCAUCACAUAUUUACCGACCCGUUCCAAGGACAGUUACGAUUCUACCCCCGGUAGAAACGACGUCGUCUUCAAAAUCCAAUGAUCCUCCAACUUCGUUAUCACUUUCACUUCCCGGCGUCGAUUCUUCAUCCGAAGAUUCUAACCGCGUAACUGAAAAAACAAAUCCCGUACCGCCGCCGCCUCAACCGCCAAGUGCGAUUCCGAUUCCUCUGCUGCCGAUAAUGACGGCACCGACGGUUUCUAUACCGAUGGCGGUUCCGAUGCAUCAGUUUAACGAAGCUCAGAGGGGAUCGGUCGUGCCGUUUAAUUUCAGUUCGGAGUUGUUGACAGUGAUGCAGGAAAUGAUAAGGACGGAGGUGAGGAGUUACAUGGCGGGAUUGGAGCAGCAGAAUGGGAUGUGUUAUCAAAAAAAUGAUGAUGGUUUUAGGAAUGGUUCGGUGAAGAGAAUUGGAAUUAGCAGGAUCGAUUCGUAAAUAGCAUCGGAUAAUGGAAUGGAAUGAAAUUAGGGUUGAAUGAGAAAAAAUGAAGAUGGUGGUUUUCAUCUUAGUUGGGGGAAAAAUGAACAAGUUUUUUUUUUUAAUCCCGUUUUUAUUUUAUAUUUAGAGAAUAAUAAUUUUGGUUAAUGUACAGAGAGAGGACUCGUUAUUAGUGAUGGUUGGUUUGGGGAGAGUGUUUGAAAUUCAUUUCCAAGAAGUGAAGAGAACGAACGAAAAUUAUCUGUCCUGAACUCCAGGCUUAGUUGAAAAAAGAAAAAAAGUUUAGAAUUGAAAAAAACCCGUUAAAAUCUCAAAUUUUAAUAUAAGUUCAUUCCAAUAUUUUUUUGUGCAAUGGUAAUUGGUAAAUUUUCAAUUCU